AUGAGCAGCAGGCCAAGGCCAAGGCCAACCAUUUUUUACAACUUCUUUGAACAACAGGAUCCACCGCAAGUAGUGUACAGGAGAGUCGACCAAGAAGGUGUUGGUCUGGAAACCAGAGAUUUCAUACAAGAAUGGCCAGUUAAAAAGAUUCUGACUUCAAGAGACAUCAACUAUAGUCAACUUGUACUGCCUAGGGAUCUUGUUGAAGAUUCUAUACUUCCAAAAUUAUAUCCCGAAGAACAGAACAUGAUUAACCGUGGCCAACAGUUACCGAUUACGGUGAGAGAUCUCGAAACCUUAACAGAACAUCAAUUGAAGUUGUGGGAAAAUGGUACAUCUUAUGUUCUUACUGCUGGCUGGACUCCUUCUUUUGUAAGACGUAGAGCACUGGAAAUUGGUGAAGAAAUUGGACUUUGUUGGGAUGACAGACUCCGUUUGCUGCGUUUUUCUCUGAUUACUCGUCCACUUGCUGCUCCACCUGUUCCUCCACCUCCUGUGGCUGCUGCUCCUCCUCCUCCUGCUCUUGAAAAAAUGAAUAAAUGA